GUCAACAAGCCUCAGGAAAUAUUGAAUGAUGAGCUGUUGGAAGCCUGUAGGUCAGGGGAUGUGAUAACAGUAGCGUCUCUUCUCAACAGUGGAGCUGACGUGGAUGCUGUACACGGGGGUUUAGGCUCUCCUCUGCUCUUUGCCAUUAUGAAUGAUAAAAUCCAAGUGGUUCGUCUCCUGAUCUCAAGAGGAGAUGAUCUAAACGAAGGGAAUGGGUCACCACUGAGGUGGGCAACUCGUGUAGGUGUCGAUGUCGAUGUCAUUAAGGAGCUGGUGCAAGAAGGAGCCAGUUUGGACCUUCAGGAUGGGAGAGGGGACUCUCCAGUCUUCUAUGCUGUAAGGCAACAAAAGUCAGACAUUCUGAAGGAGCUGAUGAGGGCUGGGAGCAAUCUUAACCUCCAGAAUGAGGUUGGCCUCACCCCUCUCAUGAUUGCUGCCAUGAUGGGGAGUUUCGAUAUGACAAAAAUUCUACUGGAAGGAAAGCACAUCGAUCUCAACAUUCAGGAGAAUGUCGGAGGAUGGUCAGCUGUCCACUUCUCUGCUGUGAACGGAGACUCGGCUACCACAUAUGCUCUCAUCAAAGCAGGAGCUAAUUUCGACCUCAAGGCCAAGAAUGGGUGGACGGCUAUUGAGAUGGCUGAAGUCAAGUCAGCAGACCAAGAAGCCGUGCUCGUGCCUGAAUUGUCCCUGGACUACGGCGACAGCUACAAUGGACCCAGUGACUAUGGGAAAGUGAUUGAGCUGCUGAGAGGAAACCUUGUGGAGCCAGUUACUCCACCUUCUCAGCACGUAAGGAGAAUGUGUGCCUUUUAGAGUUUAACACACUACAAGCACUUCAGUUCAGUGUUUGCCCUAUUAAUUCAGGACUUGGAUAGUGCAUCUACUACCGGAAAGGAAAGGUCAGACGUGAGAGAUAAAGUGAGAGAGCUCAAACAAACGACAUGGGGGACAAGGGAGAUCAUAGAGAAGAGGAAUCCAGACAACCAAACUGAUACCAACAAUAAUUAGCAUCCACUGUUUGUUACUUGAAACAUACAUAGUUGGCACACAUUCCUGUCAUGUAUGUACAUGUAGGAGCAAAACAUGCAGAUAAACCAA